UAUUCAUUACUCGUCAACUGCUGGCCCUCAUCUCACAAACAAAUCGCAUCUAUUUUUGGGCACAGUUGCACAGUUUUCUUGCUCUUCAGGAUAUCAAAUUCUCAAUCAACGGCCUCUGGUACGAUAAAUACUUUCCUUGGGAAUAUAUCCUUAAGGUUAAGACUUGUACGUAAAAUAGAGUAUCCAUUGGGAAUCCAAGACCGAAAAUUUUCCAAGACCGCAAGGUUCGAGACCAAAAUCGAAAAAACCUUAAGAACAAUAGUAUUGGCAGUAUCCAUUAAUGGAGGUACUAAAUUAUUUCCUCACAUCCCUUGACCAACCAAAUUAUACGUAAAAUAGAGGUCUAUAUGUAUUGGGUGAGGCCGAGAAGCGAGAUCCGAGGACAGUUUGAAAAUAAAUUUGAAUUUAAGAUUUGUUUGGAGGGCGGCCAUUGGUCUCAGUUAGCUCCAACCUGCACUCACAUUCAAUGUCCCCCGCUUAUUCUUUAUCAUCCUCAAUUACACUGUCAAGUAAGCAGUUAUAGACCUGGAGGAUCUGCACAUUGUAGUUGUACUCCAACACAUGAAUUAAUUGGAAGGGCUACUCUUAAAUGCGGUUUAGACGGCCUUUGGGAGGAGGAAUUGCCUAAAUGUAGAGGUAUAAUUGCUGUAAGGACAAAUUACCUUAUUAUUCAAAGAAAUUAAAUGUUCAAUGCCUUCAUUACCUUCACCUAUUUCUGUUAAAUCUCAUAUUCCUUCGUUCUCAUCGACUUCUGUGAUGAAUCCUAUCACGUUUAGUGUUGGGCAUUUAUUGUUGCUUCAAUGUCCACAGUCUUAUUUGUUAGCUGGUUCGUUAAUAUUUAAAGUGUCACUGAUAAGGGAUAGGUGAAAGCAAUUGGUUUUAGCAAUUUAAAUGCUUAUUAGGCGGGGGUUCAGGAUCAUUAAAAGGAAGUAUGAAAGCAGCCUAAGUAGCUCAGUCGGUAGAACAUUUGUAUCGGGUUAGCGAAAGCGCUUAGCAAAAACUACCAGAGGUCUUGGGAUCACGGAUGUGCGCCAUUGCAUUUUGGCGUCCGUUUUUGGCCGAUUUUGGCGUUACGGUGUUUGGCGUGUUUUAAAAAAUUUGAAAAAUUGGCGUUUUGCGUUUG